CAGGCCGAGUAGCUGAAUCAAAGCCGCCCUCCCCAACCCCGGCGUUCCCCGGCUUCCUCCCCUCCCAACCGGCCCCGGGGCGUAUCUUUAAAUCUCCUCUGGGGAUUCAGAGGAGCCACACACAGGUGCUCAGAGACACUUCUGGACGGAGAGGAAAGAAGUUUGAAAGCCACUUUGCGUGAGCGCCUGGGGCGGGCCCUGGUGAGAAACACCCAUCCAGGCUCGGGAGGGGCCUGUCACUCCUCCCGGGGUGGCAGCCCUAUUCUGCUGGAAGUUUGAGAGGCUCUUUCACUUCGGAGGAUUGCGCCCCAGCCAUGUCCAGGAUCGGGAUUCUCUUGGCUCUGAUACUUACCUUUAUUGCUAGACUAUUGUCUAACGGUGACAACGCCCAAGUGACUGCUGUCAGCCCUGAGGUGUUGAAAUUGCAUAAGAACAUUACUAAAAGGGAAUCUGAGUGCCCGAAAGGCCAACACCUUGAGGGCGAAUUCUGCUGUCAGCCCUGUCCUCCUGGCACACGGAAAGCUACUGACUGCACAACUGAGGGGGGUAAACUAGUCUGCGAGCCCUGCACGGAAGGGGAGGAGUACACAGACAGCGAACAUUAUUCUUCUGAAUGCAGAAGAUGUUCACAUUGUGAUGAAGGACACGGCUUCGAAGUGGAAAAAAACUGUACCAAGACCCAGAAUACCCAGUGCAGAUGUAAAUCAAACUUUUUUUGUGACAGCCCUCCAUGCGAACACUGUAACCCUUGCAUGAGGUGUGAACAUGGAAUCAUAGAGAACUGCACACCAACCACCAACACCAAAUGUGCAGGACCCAGAAAAGAAUUGCUGUGGUUGUUGGUCCUGAUCCUGAUUCCAGCAGUACUAAUAUCUUUGUUGGUGAAAAGAAAGUGCAGGAAAAAUGGCCGUCGUAUAUUUACACCUUCAAAUACUGAAAUGGUCCCAAUGAAUUUACCAGACAUUGACUUGAGUAAAUAUAUUACCAACAUUGCUGAGCAAAUGACGAUAACUCAAGUUAGAGAAUUCGUUCGGAAGAAUGGUAUCAAUGAAGCCAAAAUCGAUGAAAUAAAAAAUGACAAUCUCCAAGACACAGCUGAACAGAAGGUCCAGCUGCUCCGUAAUUGGUUUCAACUUCAUGGGAAGAAAGACGCAUAUGACACUUUGAUUAAAAGUCUCAGAAGAGCCAAUCUUUAUGCUCUUGCAGAGAAAAUUCAAGAUAUAGUUCAAAACGACAUAAGUGAACAUGAAAAUACUAACUUCAGAAAUGAAAAUGAAAGCCAAAGAUUGUUCUAAAGUGAAAAACAACUCACUCAGUUCUGAGUAUAGACAACCAAUAGAAAGAAUUAGUGUUUGAAUGUUUUUAAUAGGGGGAGGCUGUAAAUAUUGCUUGACUUUUUAUUGGAUAUGUUUUUUCUUUUUUUCAUUUAUUAGAUUUGUGGAGCUAAUAUAAGUUUCCCAUGAUUGUGCCUUCAAGGAUGUUUGAAAUCUACUUCAUAAGAACAGACAUAAUUAAGAAUAAAUACAGUGGCAUGUUAAGUAUACAAAUAGGAGUGUUUGCAAAGACAAAAGAUUGGGAUCACACUCUACUAUUUAUCAUGAUUCUGUAGCUAUGAAUGUAAUUCAUGUAUGUGAAUACAAAGGUCUAUUUACAGGCUAACUGCAUCUAUGAAUCAAUAGAUGCUAUUACCUCUUGUUGCAAUGUCACAAUUACUGGAAAAAUGACUACCUGUAAAUUACCUCCCUUGCUCCACGAUGAUUGUAGACAUUUUACCAUAUUUGUAAACUUUGUUUGCAACUCUGAGAGGAGCAUAUUCAGGGGAAGCUUACAUAUAACUCUGAAAGAGGAGUUUAAAUGGUUCUACCUCAAAGAUCUUUGCAUCAAUUAUUGCAUUUAAUUGUGAAAUAUUUCAAUUUUGAAUUCACACAGAAAAUGCAGACUCAAUUAAAAUGCUUGAAUAUUUUAUAUUUGCAUGGCAUUUUACUUGAUCAAAAUAAUCAAUUACUUUCUCAGGUUUCAAAACAUUUCAAUCAGGAAAGUCGUACUAGAGUAUUGCCACCUUUUCAUUUUCUCCUUGAUGUACAUCUCGAAAGCCUCUACACCCCCAAACCUGGAAGUACUGCCUGUGAAACACAAUGAGCCACUAAAAACUAUUGCUGCUCUUAGAAACUUCUAGCCUGAUUUGGAGAGAUUUGUUGCUCUGACAUAAGGUAGCUUCGUGGCAUAUUAUGAACCUAUAUCUACCACCAAAGCUGAAAAGGUCGAUUCUUAUUUUGUCUUGUUCCUCAUAAAAAGUUCUCUUGCUACAAAUGGAGCAAAGAUGAAAUCAUCAGGUUUUAGGAAUUGCUCUUGUUAUUUCCUGCAGCUUCUUAGACAAACAAGCCUCUCUCCCCAUUGCAACUUCCCUACUUUUACAUUUAAACACUUCUGAAAUUUUGCAUUAAUAUAAAUUUUAAUAUUUAUAUUUAUAUCGAUGUAAGCUAAAGAUAGUUACAAAGUAGAUAGAGCUACCUAAAAAGCCUCCAUUAAUGGAAGAGUUUUUUUCCUUAUGUUUGGAAAUAUAUAGGUAAAAAUAUUUAAUUCAAAUCAUAUUUUUGGUAUUUCUGGCUAUCUCUUUGUUGGUGGGGCCUUGGCUUUUUUGUUUUAUUUUCAUUUUCUCUACUACUAAGUGUUACCUAUUUAUGAGUCUUUAAGGCUUCCUUGGUCUCUCAGGAGGUAUUUCCUUUUUAAAGUCUUUUCAGUAGCUACAUAAUUCCCUUCACAGGCCAUUACUGUCAGGAAAAUCCCUCCCAAACAACACAUUAUUAUUUAUUAUGUGAGAAUGUAUUAUGACAGGAUUAUAUGCGGGCACUGGAAAUAUGGAUAAAAAAGUAAAUAUUUCAAAGGGCAGGUUUUAUUCAUAAGAAAGCUAAAUGGAGAUUUUGAAAUAUUCUUUCCUGCAUACUUUCUAUUCUAGCUACUUGCUGACUGCUGGACUAGCUCUCUUUUUUCUAAAUUGAAUUUUAAUAAUAUGUCUUAUGUAACCCGUUGUUCCCAAAUUGUUGUCAUUUUAACAUGCAAUCAAUAUAAAAACUAUUAAUGAGAUCGUUUAUUUUUUUUUUUUUUCCGUACUAAAAUCUUCAACAUCUGCUUUGUAUUUUAAUUACACUUACAAGCACAUCUCAGUUUGGGCUGGCCGCAUUUCAAAUGUUCAGUAGCUACACGUAGCUAGUGGCUAGUGCAUUAGAUGGUUCAGGUCUGUAUCUUUGUUAGGACAGGUUUAGCAGCCUUAACUCUGUGGUGGCCGGUUGAGCCCAGCUACUAAAGUCCAGCACUUCCUGGGUCUGUUCAACCAGGUCUCUUCACUCUGGUUGGUUGGAAAGUCAAGAUCGUCCCGUCCCAUGUCAACUGUGGGCAUUGUUCGGCUUAUAUUGCCCCGUAGUUGUUUUUUGCCUGGUUCUUGGCAUCUUACCUCUCUAUGUGCACACAGUAUUCAGCCAAAGUCUCCAGAGAACCUCUGUACAGACUCCUGGAGCUCUUUUUCUGCAUAGCUUUCAUCUUUUCAGUCCACUGUUCUGGAAAGUCUCACAGUCUCCAUCUCCUGAACCUCUGCUACACUCAACAAGAUGACGGCUAUGCUUAGGGUCCCCACCUGUGCCAAGGUCUGGAAGGUGCCUCUGGGCAGAAAGUCUGAGAGCUCAUAGGGCUCGUCACAUUGGUUUCUCUUCUCUGAAGGGUCACAGUCCGUGCUAACCGAUGUCCCAUUUUCUAACUGUAGACAGCAGGAGGGCAAGUCUGGCACUAGUUCUUCUUCCUGGCCAUAAGCAGAAGUCCUACUUUGCAUAGUGAAACCAAGUCAGAGAACAUCCCUUGCCCACUGUGCGUUUCCGGCAAGAACUUGACAUUCCUUUGAGAGGAGGCACGUUGAGAAAGUCUUUGGACUUGGUGGUAUGGCUCUUCCCCUCAUAGAUUCACCUGAGCGGGACUGCUUCCAUGUCAACUAUCAUAGUCGUGUUCCCAAGUUCGAGGCUUUUAACUAAUCAUUCUUUCACUCUUUCCCCUCCAUUUCAUCCUGCAAACAGCAGCCACCAUGACCUUUCUAAAUGGUAAAUUUCAUUAUGUUGCCUCCUUGCUUAAAGUUCUCCAUGGUUUCUCAUUGCUCUUGAAUAGAGUCUAUACUUGAUUGACGAGGCCCAGUGAGCCCUGGACAUAUGUACCUUUCUAGUAUCCUUUCUCAAUACUUUCCCCUCUUCCGGGCUAAAGCCAUGUCAAACCACUUUUUGUUCCUCAAAGCUGCUGUGCUGUUCUUCCUUGCCUCGGGGUUUUUGCUUUCUUGCUUCUUCCCCCCUUUUGCCUCACUACUUCCAAUUUAUCCCUCAAAUCUUGGCUUUAAAUGCCAUUUCCUACAGGAAUUCCACCCUAAUAUUGUCUAAAC